GCAGAAGUCCUUCUUGUCCUGGUCGUUGUUCCCGUCUGAGUACCAGCUCCCUGUUACCCUGAGGGCGGGCGGGCCUGCAGCCGAGGAAAGGAGGCGGAAAAGAAAUUGUCCCGGAUCCCUGUAGGGCUCCGAAUUAGGAAAGAGUUUCGUUCUCUGGGGACUUGUCCGUCCACCAAGCACUCUGUAGCGGCUGUUUCCCGUCUUUCUGCCCGUGGCCGUGUCUUCCUUACCAUAGCUCUGUGUCUAGUGGGUCCAAGCCUCUCCCGCACGCCAGGCAAGAGAAGAGGAAGGAAAUUAACCAGAUCGGUGAAGGUCGAUUUGAGGGUCUGCUGUAGCAGGUGGCACUGCUUGAAGCAAGAAAGGAACUUUUCUCCCCCCGGAUCAGUGGAGAGCAGAAAGAUUGUUGGGUGUGGCAACACCUCACAGUAAAGGAAGAAGGGGCAAGCUGCUUGUUCCCAGGAGGUUUACCUCCAGAACUAGUUACUGCAGCUUUGAAGUGACUGAAGAAGAGCGUUCUCCAUAGGCCUGCACUCAGGCCCGAAGCCCUCUUCCCCUAUUUUGAGUGGCCACUCUAUUUCCUGGUCCCUGCCGUUGUCAGGGACGAUUGCAUGGGCUACGCCAGGAAAGUAGGCUGGGUGACUGCAGGCCUGGUGAUUGGGGCUGGAGCCUGCUACUGCAUCUACAGAUUGGCCCGAGGAAGAAAGCAGAACAAGGAGAAAAUGGCCGAGGGUGGCUCUGCUGAUGUGGAUGAUGCUGGGGACUGUUCUGGGGCCAGGUAUAAUGACUGGUCUGAUGAUGAUGAUGACAGUAAUGAGAGCAAGAGUAUAGUUUGGUACCCACCUUGGGCGCGGAUUGGUACUGAAGCAGGGACCAGAGCUAGAGCCAGGGCGAGAGCCAGGGCUACGAGGGCUCGGAGAGCUGUCCAGAAAAGGGCUUCUCCUAACUCAGAUGAUACUGUUUUGUCCCCUCAAGAGUUACAAAAAGUACUUUGUUUGGUUGAGAUGUCUGAAAAGCCUUAUAUUCUUGAAGCAGCUUUAAUUGCUCUAGGUAAUAAUGCUGCUUAUGCAUUUAACAGAGAUAUUAUUCGGGAUUUGGGUGGUCUCCCAAUUGUUGCAAAGAUUCUCAACACGCGGGAUCCUAUCGUGAAGGAAAAGGCUUUAAUUGUCCUAAAUAACUUGAGUGUGAAUGCAGAAAAUCAGCGUAGGCUUAAGGUAUACAUGAAUCAAGUGUGCGACGACACAAUCACUUCUCGAUUGAACUCGUCCGUGCAGCUGGCUGGACUCAGAUUGCUUACGAACAUGACUGUUACUAAUGAGUAUCAGCACAUACUUGCUAAUUCCAUUUCAGACUUCUUUCGCUUAUUUUCAGCAGGAAAUGAAGAAACCAAACUUCAGGUUUUGAAACUCCUUUUGAAUCUGGCUGAAAACCCAGCCAUGACUAGAGAACUGCUCAGGGCUCAGGUGCCAGCUUCGCUGGGCUCCCUCUUUAGUAAGAAGGAGAACAAAGAGGUUAUUCUUAAACUUCUGAUCAUUUUUGAGAACAUCAAUGACAAUUUCAAGUGGGAAGAAAAUGAGCCUGUUCAGAAUCACUUUAGUGAGGAUUCGCUUUUUUUCUUUUUAAAAGAAUUUCAAGUGUGUGCCGAUAAGGUUCUGGGAAUAGAAAGCCACCAGGAUUUUCUAGUGAAAGUAAAAGUUGGAAAAUUUGCAGCCAAACUGACUGAGCGUAUGUUCCCCAAAAGCCAGGAAUAACUUGGUGGCUUUGUAGUAUAGCAGCAACUCACCUUGUAAACUAUUUCUUUUCUCCACCUUGUUUAUAUGGCAAAGGAAUCCUUUCAGCUGCCAGUUUUGAAUAAUGAAUAUCAUACUAUAUCAUUGAUACUGAUAUUUAACCGAGUUUGUCUUCAGGUUUAAGUUGGAUAAAGGAAUAUCACUACUUGCCCUGAAAACAUGUUUGUUGCUUUUUAUCUCGCUGCCUAGAUGGAGAUAUUUUUACUGUUUCCUCUACAUAAGUGACAGUGAACCAGUUCAUCCUAAGUAGGCUCCUUUCUGUCAUUUGCAUCGAUUUUAUUUGUGUAUCAUCAAUAAAGAUUUAUGUUAAUGCUGGAAAGAAAUAACAGAAGAAGAAAGAAACUAUCCUGUUUUUCUGGUUUAUAAUCUAGUUUUAGAGAUAGGAAACAAACAAACAAACAAAAAACCAAAAAAAAAACCAAACCCCGAGAACAUUUGAAGCAUACAUUCUGUCAGAUGUGUGCCUUCAGAACAGAGAAGAGGCAAAGGCUUUGGUGGCUGGCUACAUGAGUCAGUUAAAGCUUUAGGGAGGACAGAGCCAUUGAAAGGGAGUCCUGAAUUGGGUAGCAAAGUUAGUGCAUUCCAUGAGCCCAGAGUCGAGGAGAAAUGAUGUAAGAAAAGCAUUAAUUUGGGAAGCCUUAUGGUAGUCAAAAUAGCCUCCUUCGAGUGAAGAGUGUGGGAAAUAGAACAAAAUAAUUCUGGAAAACUGUGUGAAACCCCUUGCAGAAGGCUUGUUGAAUGUAUUUUAACUAGGCAAGAAUUGGGGUCAAUAUGAAUGUCCUCCCCACACUGUGUCAUCAAGGAUGGUGUGGCAAAAUGCAUCCUUUCCAACUCUGGUGGUGGGCAUUUGGCAAUACAUAUCAUUAAGCCUUAAAAUCUGUAACUCUUUUGCCCUAAGGAGAUAGAUGGAUAAUUCGCCAGAGAUUGUAUGUGCAAGGCUGUUCGUGUCGGCACUGUCUUAAGGUAGUGACAUUGGGAACACCUUCAGUGUUCCACACACUGCGCUGACUAAGUAGAUUAAAGAAUGUCCAUGCUGUGUGAUAAAUGUGCUGAUGGAACUCAGUAUUGCUCGAAAAAGACACUCAUCAUACAUUGUUAAGUGAGCGAGGUAAGUUAGAUAGCCGUAUUCAGAGUAUGAUUACAUAUGGGGGGGGGUUAAAUCAUGUUUAAAAAGACACUAAAAUCUAUGGAAUUAUAUGCACCCAGUAGUACUAAGAGUUAUAUUUGGAUGACAGCUAAUGAGUGAUACUUACUUUUUGUACUUAUUAUUCAUCUAUGUUUUUUAUUUAUCAAAAAUUAAUAGUGAUUUUUAAGAAAGGUUUGGAAAAAGGAAAGUAUAGAGAAUGUAGCGGCUGACUAAUUUGAUGUGUACUGAGAGGAAAAUACUAGGCCCUAAAUGAGGUGGUCUGAUGGUUCCACCUCAGAAUGAGAGGCGAUGGUGAAGAUAAGGCUGACUAUCAGAUUUGAACGAGAGAACCUAUGCAAAGUAGCUACACUAUUCUUGCAUAUAGCAGCAGUUAAUUAAGAAAUGUGAGUACCUUUAAGUACUACCCAGAAUGUAGUGUUGAUGGGUCUUGGUUAACUUUCAUUUUGCUGGGGCAUCCUUCUAUGUUUCAAUGUCAUUUAACAAAUAAUAAUGAUAAUAAUAAAGGUUAACAUUUAUUAAGUGA